ACAGGUGGCUGGUGAAUAAAUACUGAUAGAGAAUUACAAACUCGAUAAAAAUCUCUAUAGCAAUCAUCAACCAAAAUGAAUUUAUAAGUUCAGCGCAGUAUUUCCUGAACUAUGGCAACAAUUUCAGUGGCGUUAGCUAUUAUCUUAUCUUUCUGCGAUCAAAUUAUAGCCUCGGAAGGUGAGCAGGAAAAUAUUCACUGGUGGAGUGAGUGGUUUCAAGGUCAUAAUAACGAAGAUUGGUACAUCAUGGACGCGGAUUUUGAGAACAUUUUGAGCUCAAUCGAAGACGAGGCAGCGCGCGAGCUCACAGAAAAAUGGCACGAUGUAUGCUCACCCAAUUUAAACUACUGUCAGACAGACGGCGAUUGUUCGGGAGCUGAAACAUGCGUGGACUACGAAUGCAUUUCAAGUAUCGAUUCAUCCGACUACUACCACUGGGAGUGCUCGCUUGACUCUGACUGCGGCUCGAGUGGGAAAUUAGUCUGUUGCAAAGACGGAAGCUUCUGGAAUCCUUCUAGUGGGGGAGGGGGACUGUGUUGUCACAAGAGUGUUCGGGACCAUUAUGAGACACUGCCGUGUGUGGCUCACGAUGACUGUUGUUCCCAUAAUGCUAUGUCAUACUGUUGCAACUGGAAUACUGGAGAUACGCAUGGUACCUGUUGUACAUUUGAGCAGUACAACGCCAACAACAACCACCACGACUGUGGGGUCCAAAACGAUUUCCCAGCUACCCAGUGUGGACACCGCAUGGAGUGUUGUCCAGGGGUGGGGAUGGGGAAGGAGUUCCCCGACUACUGCUGCACCCCCGGAGAGUACCGUAUUCUGACUCAUGGAGGGGGAGGGUGUGGUUUUGACUACCACUGCUUCACUGGAAACUGCUGCGAACGAGGAGAGUGCUGCACAGGAAAAGAGAAACUAUUCGAAAGUCAAUCUUGUACGGUGGAUAGUGAAUGUUUCUUCAACCAAGAGUGCUGCUACGACGAAGACAUCAAAAAGCGUCGCUGCUGUCACAAGGAAGAUGAUGAUGACGAUGCAGAUGACUACCUUUUGAUUGCCCUAGGAUUAGUGGUGGGGGUUGGAAUCAUGUUUGUGAUGUCUAUUGUUACAGCAGCGUGCAAAUGUGCAAAGAAAAACAGCCAGAAGUCGGCAAAACUUGCGGAGAGAGCGGCUAACAAAGCUCGGAAGAAUCGCAUAUCUCAAGAACCAACAGUACAACAGCCGCAACAACAUCCAGAUACAUAUCCUUAUUACAGUCAACAGCAGUACAUGGGUGCCGCGGCAUAUGGGCAUCAUCAUCAACUCCCAGAAACGCAACAAAACACUUCAUCUCCACACUUUACAGCCCACAUCCAAUACGCAAACAUGCAGCCGACUCAACCGCAACCAUUAUCAUACUCCACACUCGGACAACAACAGCCUAGCUGGCAAACACCUCAACCGAUGGCUUAUUCAAAUCCACCCCCUUUGAAUCCCAUUGGCUUUACAGCUCCAGCUCAACAACAGCAACAACAAUCGAGUCUUCCCCUUAGUCCUAAUCGACAACUGCCUCCUAUUACAGAGCCGAAACAACAGCCAGAGGUCAAUGACCUUCAACCGAAAAGACCACACAGCCUGAGAGACAGGGGACAAGAAAACUUUGGAUUUAUUCCAUCUUCGCAGCGAUAA